UUUCAUUUCCUUUUCCGAUUCUAUUAGUAUACUUCGAAGUGUACGCAUGUCGAAGACACUUUCCGCUCGUACGUUCAUAAAUCGGCAGCGAUUUUUUCUGAUUCAAUCACAAAACGUAUCCACGCGCGUGCCUCGACUUCGCGGCUAUAUUCACGAAAUUUUCACACGAGGUUGAAUGUGAUGUCCCCAUAUCGCGAGAUAUCGCAUUAUAUGCAAAUAAGAGAUAAGACCUGCGACCUCGUGAAGGCAAGCAACUACUAGCGCUUCGAACAAGAAACGAUGCUUAUUGUCAGUAAGUUUGGUGCACGGCUACGAAACGCCGGAAGAAAAUUACUUUUGUGUCGUGACGAAAAUUCCGCCAAACGCAAAAAUGUCAGAUCGGCGCAUUUUACGUAUUUCCCGAGCGAAAGACCGAAUGACACCGGUAAGACUCAAAAGCUGAAUAUGUAUCAAGCUAUAAAUCACGCCCUUACUCUUGCAUUGGAAAACGAUCCACGUUCAGUGAUAUUUGGCGAAGAUGUUGCAUUCGGAGGUGUCUUUCGUUGCACGAUGGAUUUGAAGAAACGUUUUGGCGAUGAUCGUGUCUUUAAUACGCCUCUUUGCGAGCAAGGAAUUGCCGGUUUUGGAAUUGGUUUAGCCAACGCCGGAAUAUCGGCAAUUGCCGAAAUACAAUUUGCAGAUUACAUAUUCCCUGCAUUCGAUCAGUUAGUAAACGAAGCGGCUAAGAUGAGAUACCGAAGUGGCAGUAUGUUUGACUGCGGCAAACUUACGGUUCGUGCACCUUGCGGAGCAGUUGGCCAUGGUGCUCUUUAUCAUUCUCAAAGUCCAGAAGCAUAUUUCGCCCAUACUCCCGGCUUGAAGAUCGUUGUACCUCGCGGAGCAACGCAUGCAAAAGGUCUAUUGUUGAGCUGCAUAGACGAGCCAGAUCCUUGCAUUAUAUUUGAACCGAAAAUCCUAUAUCGCAUAGCGGUCGACGAAGUGCCCGUAGAAUAUUACAAGAUCGAAAUCGGCAAGGCUGAAGUUGUGAGAGAAGGUAAUGCCGUGACACUCGUAGGCUGGGGCACUCAGGUGCACGUGCUGUUGGAAGUGGCCGAUCUAGUCCGGGAGAAGCUCGACGUAUCCUGCGAGGUGAUAGACCUCAUUUCCAUUCUACCUUGGGACGCGGAACUCGUGUGCAAGUCGGCGAGGAAAACCGGGCGUGUAAUUAUCGCCCACGAAGCGCCGAUGACAAACGGAUUUGGGGCAGAAAUAGCUGCAACUGUGCAGGCGGAAUGCUUCUUGUAUUUGGAGUCGCCGAUUAAAAGGAUUACAGGAUGGGACUGUCCCUUUUCACAUAUCCAUGAGCCGUUUUACUUACCGAAUAAGUGGCGUUGCUUUGAGGCUGUCCGAGAUAUCCUGAAGUACUGAGAAACUGCGGAUGCUGCAAUAUGCGCCAAAAUAGUGGAAAAGGAUUGCAACCUGUUGCCCACAAAGCGGUUACUCUGGAAAACGAAAUAUAUUUUUUAUUAAUUAA